UCGCGCUCGCUCACUCCAGCUGCAGCCACUCUCGCCCGUGGCUGCUUCCUCCAUCCUGGUAUUUUUUGGAGCCUCCAUCCUGGUUCUUCCAAAGUGCCCGGACCCAAAACAGGAAUUGAUAGGCUCAUCCCAAAAUAUGCUUUUUGGGACUGAUCUAGAACCUGCAUAUUCUGCGUGAAUAUCUUUAAUUGAUUGCAGUUGAGCUAGAUGGUGGAGCCAAAAUGCUAUUGCCUUGUCUUCAGCAACAUUUAAUCAGGUGUUGUACAGAUAGGAACAUGGGGGAGAAACAGUUGGGAUAACAUGAAAGUGAUGCUGGUGGCUAAGAGAAGGCGACUUGGUUCUGUGGGAAGGGCUGUACCUGCUCCAUCCGUUGUCUAGAUUUGAGUAUGAGCACAGUUGAAGAGGAUUCUGACACAGUAACAGUAGAAACUGUGAACUCUGUGACUUUGACUCAGGAUCCAGAAGGGAACCUCAUUCUUCAUUGCCCUCAGAAUGAAGCUGAUGAAAUAGACUCAGAAGAUAGUACUGAACCUCCGCAUAAGAGACUUUGUUUGUCCUCUGAGGAUGAUCAGAGUAUUGAUGAUUCUGCUCCUUGCAUAUCAGUUGUUGCACUUCCACUUUCAGAAAAUGAUCAGAGCUUUGAGGUGACCAUGACUGCAACUACAGAGGUGGCAGAUGAUGAAAUCACUGAAGGGACUGUGACACAGAUCCAGAUUUUACAGAAUGAGCAACUAGAUGAAAUAUCUCCCUUGGGUAACGAGGAAGUUUCAGCAGUUAGCCAAGCAUGGUUUACCACUAAAGAAGAUAAGGAUUCUCUGACUAACAAAGGGCAUAAAUGGAAGCAGGGGAUGUGGUCCAAGGAAGAAAUCGAUAUUUUGAUGAACAAUAUUGAACGAUAUCUGAAGGCACGCGGAAUAAAAGAUGCCACAGAAAUCAUCUUUGAGAUGUCAAAAGACGAAAGAAAAGAUUUCUACAGGACUAUAGCAUGGGGUCUGAACCGGCCUUUGUUUGCAGUUUAUAGAAGAGUGCUUCGCAUGUAUGAUGACAGAAACCAUGUGGGAAAAUAUACACCUGAAGAAAUUGAGAAGCUCAAGGAGCUCCGGAUAAAGCAUGGCAAUGACUGGGCAACAAUAGGGGCGGCGCUAGGAAGAAGUGCAUCUUCCGUCAAAGAUCGGUGCCGACUGAUGAAGGAUACUUGCAACACAGGGAAGUGGACAGAAGAAGAAGAAAAGAGACUUGCAGAGGUGGUCCAUGAAUUGACAAGCACUGAACCCGGCGACAUAGUUACACAGGGUGUGUCCUGGGCAGCCGUGGCUGAACGAGUGGGUACCCGCUCAGAAAAACAGUGUCGCUCUAAGUGGCUCAACUACCUGAACUGGAAACAGAGUGGGGGUACUGAAUGGACCAAGGAAGAUGAAAUCAAUCUCAUCCUCAGGAUAGCAGAGCUUGAUGUGGCUGAUGAAAAUGACAUAAACUGGGAUCUGUUAGCUGAGGGAUGGAGCAGUGUCCGUUCACCACAAUGGCUUCGAAGUAAAUGGUGGACCAUCAAAAGGCAAAUUGCAAACCAUAAGGAUGUUUCAUUCCCUGUCCUAAUUAAAGGUCUUAAACAGUUACAUGAAAACCAAAAAAACAACCCAACGCUUUUGGAGAAUAAAUCAGGAUCCGCAGUUCCCAACAGUAAUUCCAGUUCCAGUGUACAGCAUGUUCAGAUCAGAGUCGCCCGCUUGGAUGAUAAUGCAGCCAUCUCUCCAAGUCCCAUGACAGCGUUGCAGAUUCCAGUCCAGAUCACCCAUGUCUCUUCAACAGACUCCCCUGCUGCUACUGUUGACUCAGAAACAAUAACACUAAACAGUGGAACACUACAGACAUUUGAGAUUCUUCCAUCUUUCCAUUUACAGCCCACUGGCACUCCAGGCACCUACCUACUUCAGACAAGCUCAAGUCAAGGCCUUCCCUUGACUCUGACUGCUAGUCCCACAGUAACCCUGACAGCUGCUGCUCCUGCUUCUCCUGAACAGAUCAUCGUUCAUGCUUUAUCCCCAGAGCAUUUGUUGAACACAAGUGACAAUGUCACACUACAGUGUCACACGCCAAGAGUCAUCAUUCAGACUGUUGCUACCGAGGACAUAGCUUCUUCCAUAUCCCAAACAGAACUGACAGUGGAUGGGGAUAUUCAGUCAUCUGAUUUUCCUGAGCCUCCAGAUGCACUAGAAGCAGACACCUUCCCCGAUGAAAUCCAUCAGCCUAAAAUGACUGUGGAGCCAUCAUUUAAUGAUGGUCACGUAUCCAAAUUCAGUGACCAAAACAGCACAGAACUGAUGAACAGUGUUAUGGUCAGAACAGAAGAGAUCUUGGACACCGACCUGAAACAAGAGGAGGAAUCGCCCUCUCACUUAGCCAGUGCGUAUGUUACUGAGGAUUUAGAGUCUCCCACCAUAGAACAAGUUGAUCAAACAACAAUUGAUGAUGAAACAAUACUUAUUGUUCCUUCACCACAUGGCUUUAUCCAGGCAUCUGAUGCGAUAGAUACAGAAUGUGUCUUGCCUUUGACAACACUAACAGAUCCCAUACUGCAUCAUCAUCAGGAAGAAUCAAAUAUCAUUGGAUCAUCUCUGGGCAGUCCUGUUUCAGAAGACUCAAAGGAUGUUGAGGAUUUGGUAAACUGUCAUUAGGUAAUUCUUAGAUAGUUGAAGCAAAGAAGCUACACUGUCAAUUACCAUAUUUUUAAAGGAGUAGGAGCAACUCCCACAAGGCUUCAUACACCAUUCCUCUGGCUUUUAAAUAGCUACAGUGCUUUAAGCCAUGCACACUGUUGCUGCUGUGACCUUUUUACCUCCUUUAAAUGUACCAUCUGAGGUCUGGUUUUAUGACAGUGUGUAAGCUGGAGUAUGUGAGUCUUAACUGCAGAUUCCCCAUGAUUAUUAAGAGGGAAUUUCAUUUACUCAGCUCCUGAGAAAAGUUUAUCACCAAAGCUUAACUGCUCUGGUUUAAAAGCAGUAAUAGGGCACUCUAUCCAGCUUCAAAGUAAGCCUGGUUAUAUUUUGAAGAACGCAUUAUCAACAUGGUCUGGAACUUACUAUUAGCUUGAUAUUUGACCAGCAAUCAAAUACAGAAACCUAGGAGGUGAUUAUAUGGCAGUUAUUAGCCCAUUGCUGGCAGUGGGAGCUGGUUUAGGCAGGGUAUAGAGGAAAGCAUUAAAGAGUCAAGAAAAUUCACUACAAGUUUUUAUUACUUUUAAAACAAAUAUGGGUAAGAGUAGUUAACAAACCCACCAGAAACUAAGCAGUUUCCAGCCCCUGCUAAGAAACCACUGUUAUUAGUUCAAAAAGUAAUUUUACCAUUUUGAAGUAAAACUAAAUUAAAUGGGGGAGAGAAGUAAUGUUGCCUGUCCUUGAUACCAUGACUGUUUAUUAUUAUUUUGCUAUAUAAAUUACCCCGAAAAUAGGUGGGGGUGGGCACUAGAGUUUACAAUUAAUUUAGUGCAUUAACUGGUUGGGAGUAUGGUGUAACUUCUCCCUCUCAGGCAGUUUCAAAACACAAAAUUUGCUUCUAUUAACAAAAGGAAACAAAUC